AUGCCUCUGGCCCCGACCAACCACCCUUUACUCUCUCACUCUGCCACUCACUGCCCAUCUGCUCACGCGCACCCUAUGUGUCCAUGUGCCUUUCCUCGCUACCCUGCCGCCAUGCCACACCAUCACCAUGCCCCCAACAUGGUACUUCGUGCAACUGUACCUGUGUACGCCCACUGCCUCUGCAUGCUGCCUGCUGCCAUGGCCUUCACCACGCCCCUCACAGUGCCACUAUUCUCGGGCGUCCUUCUCCUCGUCGGACGGGCUGCCAUCCGUGGUGGUGGUGGGGCAGACAGUGGCGCUCUCAGCGCUCUUCCUGUGGGGCAGCCACAUGGCGGGGUACCUGGGCAACACCAUGCCACAUGGCGGGGUACCUGGGCAACACCAUGCCACAUGGCGGGGUACCUGGGCAACACCAUCCCACAUUCUCGGGGUGGCGGUACACUGGCGGGCAGGUGGCAGUGGUGGCGGUGCGCCCUCCUCACAUGCCCAGCUGCGCCCUCCUCACAUGCCCAGCUGCGCCCUCCUCACAUGCCCAGCUGCGCCCUCCUCACAUGCCCAGCUGCGCCCUCCUCACAUGCCCAGGGGCGCCCUACCACGCCCAGCCGUCGCACCAUCCAGCUGUGGCCAGGUGGGACCGGCAGCUCGGAGCUGUGUGUGCUGCUGCACGCGUCCCACCACUACGAGGAGGUGCAGGAUUUGCCUCAGAUGGAUGCUGCGCAGGAGGACGAGGGGGGAGGGGGCAGUGCAGCAGGGGAGGGCAAGGAGGAGGGCGACGUGAGAAUGAGACGGACGAGGAGACUGCUGGGAAUGAGAGAGGGUGCUGUGCAGGGGGCGGGUGUGGUGCACUUGCGGAGCCAGCAGGAGCAAGGUGGGGUUAGGGGCGAGAGCUGGGGCAGGCGAGUCAUGGAGGUGGCAUGGGCGGGUACGGCUCGCAGGGAGGUGGCAUGGGCGGGUACGGCUCGCAGGGAGGUGGCAUGGGCGGGUACGGCUCGCAGGGAGGUGCAUGUGAUGCUCAUGCUCGAGCGUGUACCACACGUCACGCUCACAUUGUUGCCGCUCGCUGGUGCCGCUGGUGACGGCACACGGGAGGCCCGGCGCGUGCCUUGUGAGAGUGCUGAGAGCCUGGACAGACCGCUCUCUGUGUGCCGUUUGCACCUAGUACAAAAGGGGAUUACACAACUAGUUUAUCCUCUGUGA